UUUCGGCCGCGAGCUUUGGGAGGCUAUAGCCAGCCUACUGCUGGGAGUUACUACUGGACAGCGUUCGCCUGCGUCGCCCACGACCGCGAGAGCAGCGCUUCCACGCGUAACGCGCCGCCAAUCCGCUCCAGCCUCGGAGAGCCCACAGCCUCUCCCAACCAUGACCGCCGUCGCGGCGAGCAACAACAGCGAAGAAUUAAUACUAGAGCUCUUCGACGUCUUAGAAAGGUGCCCGGCCUCGGCAAGGGACGCCGCGACGGACGCGGCCCUCGAGGCCAUUUCCAAAAGGGGAACCCCCGAGGAGCCCGAAGAGCCAGUACCGGAAGCGAUUAAAUCCGAACCGUCCUUCAUGCAGCCCAAGUCGGCCUACGACCGCUAUCGGGACGCCCAGCGCGACCGGUUGGCGCGGCAACAUCCUGAGUUGGAACCGAUGCAACUCAACGAGAAGAUGCGGCUGACCUGGGCGGAGCUGGGCGAGGCAGCUAGAGCGCCCUACGUGCAACAGGCCCACGCCGAGCGCGACGCCUGGCAGGAGGCGCAGGGCGUCCAACCGGAGCCCUGGGAUUCGGAUCGACCGCGAAAGCCUCCUUCCGUUUUUGAUUUAUGGUCCCGCGCGACGAAGCCUCGGGAAACGAUAGGUGCGCAGAAGAGCGAGGCCCAGGUCCGUAAACAGAUUAGCGAGCUGUAUAAAGCUUUGACACCAGAACAGAGGCAACCGUACCAAGCCGAAUAUGAUAGAACGAUGCCCAAAUUCCUCGAGGACGAAAAGGCCUGGGCCGCGAAGUGGAACCUCGUCAAGACCUGCAAGGGCUUCGUUCCUUCCACUCAUCCUGCGGCCAUCAACAAGGCGAAGAGAUUGUCAGGUGACGUGUCGACGAGUGGCGACACGCCGCCCCUACCGACAAGUUACCCCAAGGCCCUAGACAUGUGGUCCCGCGACCUCAAGGAGACUUAUAGAACGAAAUUCCCCUCAUUAAAUCCUCCGGACCUGCUGAAGAAGAUGAAGGCCGACUGGGCGGCGAUGACUGACGAAGACCCCGUAAAAUCGGACUACAAGCGUCGAAGCGCGAAGCUCAAGGAGGAGUACGCUUCGAGGUAUAGCGAGUGGCAGGAGAAGCAGUGCGAGGACGGCCCGCGGAAGAAGCGGCGGGCCGCGGUGAACGCGGACCUGAGCGGCGACAGUCGAGUGACGGAGGAGGGGUCAGGCCUGGCGAACGCCGCGCACUUUUCCGACGCGCAGAAGGCGGUCCUGGAGAGUCAACGGGCGCUCUGGGAACGGGAGCCGACGCAUGAAGACGCGCUGGAUCUGUCGUCGCGCGCGCACGAGGCGCUCGCGCGGCGCUUCGCUUCUGAAAUUUCGGAAGAGCCGCCGACGGAUUUACUCAAGCACUACUACUCGAUGAUCGCGAACUGGCUGAAGAGGAGGUCCUGA